AGAGAGAGAGAGAGGGAUGGAUGGAUGGAUGGAUGCUUGGCUAUCGUCUUGAAGGGCGAGGGGAAGAAAAUGUGAUAGGGCCCACGGCAAGUGUGACCGGUCGACAGGGGAUGCUUACUUCCCCUAGACACCUGAUUCCACCUCUGGUGUGUCCAGGGGUCCGUGUUUGCCCAACAAUCUACUUUGUAUCGCUUAUAGGAGUUAUGAGAUUGAUCACUGUUCGUUAUCUUCACCUUUCAUACAUGUAAAGUGUAUGUUCUGAAUGUCCAGUGGUCUGUGUUUGCCCACCUCUUUAUUUUGUGUUCCUUGUGGGAUAUAUGAGAUUGAUUAUUGUUUGUCAUCUUAGCCUUUCAGCUUUUCCAUCACCGCCUAGUUUUGGGGGUAAGUGAGGUGAUUAACUACAAUGGAAGACGUGAUAAUUUGCAUCAAUCAUUACGUUUUCCACUCUAGUUAAAUCUGAAUAAUUAUGCCAAUCUAAAUUUUGCGAGCAAUAAUUCCGCUAAAUUAAACACCAUAUUAUGUUGGUGAUCAUGGAAUAUUGCUCCAUAAAUAUGGGAAGAUGACGAUGGAGAAGCUGAAAUCAUCCCAUUUAUCAUACAGUUGGGUUGUCAGUUUGCCAGUUUGCCGUUAAUAUCUACUUUCAAUAAAAUAUCUAAGUAUGAAGCAGAAGUGGACGACUCUGUGGUGUCUUUUAUUUCGAGCUCACAGGGAUAUAUCGAAUCGACAUAUGAAUGAAAGUUAUUAUUGUUAAUAAACAAAACGUCGUCGAUAUAUCUAAAUGUCGAAUUGAAGGCCACAGCAAGAGGCUUUUUCUUCUCAAGUAGAAGUUUUUUAAUAAAUUCUGCUUCAUAUGAAUAUAGAAACAGGUCAGCUAACAAAGGAGUACAAUUCGUGCCCAUGGGAAUUCCAAUAGACUGUUGGAAGACCUGAUCACAAAAGACCACGAUGAUAUUGUCAAUGAGUAACUCUAGCAUAUUUUCAUUUCAACUUCAGAGUACUUGUGCGUGGAAUCAGAGUGGUGUUUAACAAAGAAAUUUUUGAAUUACUGGUCAUUAGAUAUGAAUAUUUGCGUUUUCCAUUUUUAUUGAAGAAGCAACUGUUUAUGAUAUCAAAAAGUCUGGUCUUUAAUUUAUCGUGAGGAAUGGUCAUGUAAAGUGUGGAAAAAUCAAAGGUUUUGAUGUUAGUCAUUUGAGAAAAAUUUUGCGAUUUCAAGUUUACUAAAAGUUCUCUAGGAUGUUUUAGAAUCCACAUUUGAUAAACACCACUUCUGGCAUAUAUAGUCGCACAGUAAGAUUGAAGUUUCUCCUUCACAGCUGUUAACAUUUUCAUGAGGAGCAAAGAUAGGGGCUUGGUAGAGCACUUACUAGAUCCAGCAAUGUAUCUUUGUUUAUAAGUGUUUUUAUGUAGUUUAGGACUCCAGUAUAGGUACGGUAACUCAUAUUCAUCCGACCCAUUGACUGGAAUAUUGAAUGUGUCUAAAACUGAAGAAUGGUUUUAGAGAAUUUCAUCUUUUGAAUGGGCAGUUGAAGUAUAAGUGCGAUUACCAAAAGUGGAAAUAAUGCCAAGUUCGUUUAAAAUACAGUUGUAUUAAUGAGCCUUACAAACAAAGACAAUGUUGUUUCAAGCUUUGUCAGCUGGAACCAAAACAUAUUCUUCUUGUAACCUAUCUAAUUCUUUUAUCACUUCUGGCUUACUAAAUACAGAAGGAUAGAUGGUAUGUACUUUUGUUUUAAUAUAUCUAAUACGGGAUUUUAAUAUUCCUCUUAUGCUCUUAACCCAUUUUGACAAUGUAUCAAGUUUUUUUUCAUGUUUAGUCCAUCGUCUGGCAUAAUCUUCGACAGAAUUCAUAAUAGAGAUGAAGUUCUGUCGUUAAUUGAAAGACCGAGGUUCUCUAUAUUUAGGACCUUUUAGAAUAAGUAAUUUGAGGUCCUCAUUUUCAACUAUAUCAACACCACCAGUAAUGAAAGGUCCAACUGGACUACAGUUGAAAGAAGAUGAAGAACAAAAACACGUAGGAUGUCCUGUUGGUUCACGCAUGACGAAGCAGUUCGACUUCGUAACAGAGAUUAGAAAACGAGUACAUGUGUCACGUGAUGAAUGCGGCGAAAUCCGAAAAGUCCACUUCCAACCAAAAUUGUUUAGUUUCCUUUGUAGCUCAUUUGACAUAUUCCAGUCCUAUGUCAACGUUUUGAAUUGUUCGGAAAUGAAUGCUUGUGUUCCUGAGAAGAACCACUGGAAAUUUGAUGCGUUUCUGGCUUUUGGGAACAGAAUUGUGUGUCCCAAAAAUGACCGACUGGAUAUCAUGGUGGAUUACAUGAACGACGACCUGAUCCAGAAGAUGGUUUUCCAGGAUCUGAUUCCUAAACUCUUGAAGAAUGAGUCCAGUGAAUGCAGUGAUAUGAAAUCUUGGUACACCGCGGCCGUGGCCAAGCUCUCAUCUACCUGUAACAAAGACGGCACACGAGCUCUGAUGGAGGUCAUCAACGAGAUGUUAGCAGAGUUCCAAAAUGCAUUUGUGGGAAUCAUCGAAGAUCUUGAAUAUGGCGUGGUGCCUGAGAAUCUUUGUCUGGACGACAUUAAGGAAGCCGCGUCGUGUGCGUUGAGAUCUAUGUCAUAAAUGUACACGCUAUGAGACAGUGAAUGUACUUGAAUAGAUUAAUAAAGAAUGACGUUUUGAUAAGAAAACGAUCAAAUUAUCCGAUA